AUGUACGGCCGACCAAAGUCUGGUCAUGCCAUAGGCCAGGCUGAGCUCACAAAACAGCAAUCUGAUUGGCUAAUUCCUGAAGCGUCUUUGAGGGAUGCUAUAGCAACGCGAAUUCCGGCUUCAGUGCCUGCCUGGGAUGUUCGAGAAAUUGGGAGCGAGUUUGAGGCGAUCGGGCGCUACCUGACCGGAUAG